AUGCAGAAGCCUCCUGGAUCCACAGAAAAUGAGACUUGUAGUCAGCCUGCAAUCUAUAAUCCCAGAAGGGCCCCCAAAUCAAGAGGAGGCUGCUUGAGAUGUAAAGCCAAACGAUUAAAAUGCGACGAAACCAAACCAGGUUGCAACCAAUGCAGCCGUAAAAACGUUGCUUGUCCUGGUUACAAGUCAAAGGCACUUGUCUGGUCGACGAAGCACGAGAAGAUGCUUGUACCUGGGCAAGAGGCGCCAUUUCCAGCACCUUCAACGACGUUGGCCUUCAACUUGACGGAAGCCAUUUCUGGGAGCAGGAAUGACCCUGUAUAUGAGACAAGUGAUUCUAGGCCAGAGUCUAAGGAAGUCCUCGAUGAGACAUCUGCAAACCUUAAGGCUCAUUCGCCCCCAGAGCCGACACAUCUAAGACGAGAUUCAAAUCCACCUACUGAUAGCUUGUCGGCAAUACGUCAGCAGUUGAACCGAUCCACUGUUCCAGAAUUCCUUUUGCACCUGCCUACUAUGCUUGUCGAGUAUUACUUCAGCUACGUCUGCCAGAUAUUCUCUUCAUUUGAUGGCACACUCAAUCCCUUCCGCUCAACAGUUGGACGACUAUGGGAUGGCUCAGCGCCAAUAUACUACGCCAUCCAGAGCAUGGCGGCAGCAUACCUGGCCAAUCAUUUCCCGCGGAUGCUACCUGUAGGUGUUCAGAUGCAACGAGAGACAUACCGAUGUCUUUACCAACUGCCUCAUGGUGGGAGCAAAGGGGCUGGAGAGAACCUCGACAAGACACUCCUUACAGUGCUGUUAGUUGGUCAAACAACAGCCUGGCAUGACCCAAAGGAUCUUGGACUUGUGCAUUUGAAGACAGCAAAGAGAUUGAACAGACGCAGGCUGGAACAGCAACAAGCAACUCCGGUCGACAGCAGAGCACAGCGCCAGAACGAAUUCUUCGAGCAAUGUAUCCUGUACUGGGACAUGCUUGCUGGAUUCGUGGAAGAUGAUGUCGACGAAUUUGGCUUCGGCGAGUUUGAGCUCACAGAGUAUUUCACUCCAAGUCCUGGAGCCGAGUCUUCGAGCAGUGAUGACAAUGGACAAGUAUUUCCUCAUCCAUGGACUGGUGUUGCCCCAAAAGUUCAGAAGCUUUUUGCGCAUGUUGGACGAGUUAUAAGGCGGUAUCGGAAGAGUGUUGCCCAGGAUGCUGCUUCUGUCAACCUCCUUGCGAUGGAUCUAGGAUUCGAUAUCGAUUUCCCUCAAGACUCACUUGCCACUCUCGAAGCAACAGCCAAAGCCCAAUCUCUUGAAGAAGAACUCUUAGCAGUCGAACUCCCUCUCCCAAGCAAUCUCGUCGACGCAGGUGAUGAAAACACUCCAGUUCAACAAUACCUCAUCCUCGCAGAAGCCUAUCGCUGUGCUGCUCUUCUCGAAAUAUAUCGCGUCUUCCCCUCUGUCCUCAGUCGAAGAGUUCCAUACACUGACAGCGGCUUCACUGCGUCGGAUAUGCCUGACCAAGAACUUCACGAUGCGUUGCCAAUCCCAGUUUCGCAACCACCCGACGAUUUCCUCGUCUCACUAGCAAUCCAUACUAUUUCACUUCUCGAGAAAUUACCUCCAACAUCAGGAACACGUUGUCUUCAACCCAUUGUCCUCAUCGUCGCUGCAUCUGAGCUUCGCUAUCCUUCUACUUCCCUCUCAUCGUUCUCGCUUCCACUAUCGCCUAAUUCUUUACCGAUAGGUGAUCAUCUUCCAACCUACAUGCCGGCAUCUUCAAGCAUCUUCAAUAGUUUAACGAAUAGAGAAGUAGAUAUAGCGACUGCAAGGAGGUUUGUGACAACGAGGUUACAAGAGUAUCAAUUAAGUCUACCAGCCAAGCCGAUUCUCCGCGCCGAAAUGCUCGUCAGAGAAACAUGGAGACGGAGCGACGAUGGUUUAGGCAUGAACGGAGAAGGCGUAUUCUGGAUGGACGUCAUGGAUGAAAUGGGCUGGGGAACAAUCUACGGCUAA